GAGCCCCCUCCAGGAACCUGUUACUUCGAGAGCACACGCAACACUGCGAUCGUGUACUUAAUCUUGGCGAUAUUCGAAAUUGUGAUGCUGAUACUCAAUGUAUAUAAGAGGAGCGGAAUUGUAGUAACCCUAUACCGCGAUGGCAUGUUCUACAUGUUGUGCAUCCUCAGUGCGUGGAAAUACGCCUACAGCAAUAUGUUUGACUCGCUACAGCUGGUCGUUCACAGCGUUCUAGCAUCACGAAUUCUAUUCCGCCUUCGAUGUAGCAACGAACAUGUCCACGCACCCAUGUCAACAAUGAUGUUAGACACUCAGGUAGACUUGUCGAUGUCGAUGAGUAGGACGAGUACAGUUUGAGGGAAUGUAGGUGUAUGCGGAACCAUUGGCCUCUGUUAAAAUGAGAAGUUUCUGCUCUUAUCUGAUGUACAACUCAAUUGUGAUAUUAUUGGCCAAUGAUACUGCGAUACCUCAGAGAA